AUGGUCCUCCAGGAUCUUGGGCGGCGAAUCAACGCCGCUGUCAAUGAUUUGACACGCUCGAACAACCUGGAUGAGAAGGCUUUCGAUGACAUGAUAAAAGAGAUCUGUGCCGCACUGCUAUCGGCCGAUGUCAACGUUCGUCUCGUCCAGACGCUGCGCAAAUCCAUCAAGUCCAGCGUGAACUUUUCCUCGUUGCCACCUGCCGUCAACAAGAAACGCUUAAUUCAAAAGGCCGUGUUCGAUGAACUGGUUGCACUGGUCAACCCUCAUGCAGAACCGUUCCGCCCCAAGAAGGGACGGUCGAACGUGAUUAUGUUUGUGGGGUUGCAGGGUGCGGGUAAAACAACUACCUGUACCAAGUUGGCCAGACAUUACCAGACGCGCGGAUUCAAGACAGCACUGGUUUGUGCGGAUACUUUCCGUGCCGGUGCCUUUGACCAGCUGAAGCAGAAUGCCACCAAGGCGAAGAUCCCUUACUAUGGUAGUUUGACACAGACGGACCCCGCAGUGGUGGCGGCCGAGGGUGUCGCCAAAUUCAAGAAGGAACGUUUUGAGAUCAUCAUCGUGGAUACCAGUGGUCGACACAAGCAGGAGGAGGACCUUUUCACGGAAAUGACCCAGAUCCAGAACGCCGUCACGCCCGAUCAGACUAUCCUGGUUCUCGACAGCACUAUCGGUCAGGCGGCCGAGGCCCAGUCGGCUGCUUUCAAGGCCACGGCCGACUUCGGUGCGAUCAUCAUCACCAAGACGGACGGUCAUGCCGCCGGUGGUGGUGCCAUCUCUGCCGUCGCGGCAACGCACACGCCCAUUAUUUUCCUUGGUACCGGAGAGCACCUGAUGGACUUGGAACGGUUUGAGCCCAAGGCAUUCGUUCAGAAGCUCUUGGGUAUGGGUGAUAUGGCCGGUCUCGUAGAACACGUGCAGGCGGUGACAAAGGACUCGGCCGCCGCAAAGGAGACAUACAAGCAUAUCGCUGAGGGUAUCUACACGGUGCGCGAUUUUCGAGAGAACAUCACCUCGAUCAUGAAGAUGGGCCCCCUAUCGAAACUGUCCGGCAUGAUCCCCGGUCUGUCCAACUUGACCGCCGGGCUCGACGAUGAAGAUGGAUCGCUUAAGCUUCGCCGCAUGAUCUACAUCUUCGAUAGUAUGACAGCUGCGGAGCUUGACGGGGACGGCAAAGUUUUCGUGGAGCAACCAAGCCGUAUGGUCCGGGUUGCCUGUGGUAGCGGAACGACCGUGCGCGAGGUAGAGGAUCUCCUCUCGCAGCACCGCAUGAUGGCCGGCAUGGCCAAGCGGGUUGGCGGACAGAAGAAGCAGAUGCAGCGGGCUCAGAACAUGCUCAAGGGCGGCAACAAGGAGCAGCAACUGGCAGCCAUGCAGAAGCGGAUGGCGGCCAUGGGUGGCGCUGGAGCCGGCGGUCUCCCCGGGAUGGGCGACAUGGCCAAGAUGAUGCAGAUGUUACAGGGACAAGGCGGCGGCGGCGGCGGCAUCCCGGGUCUUGGGGGAAUGGAUUUGCAAAGCAUGAUGAGCCAGAUGAGCGGGCUGAUGGGUGGAGGCCGUGGCAGAGGACGGUGA